CAGCAGCAGCAGCAGUUGUAGCAGUAGUAGUUGUAGCAGCAGCACAACACCAGCAAUUGCAAUCGCAUCAGCACUAGCAUCAGUAGCAGCACAGAGAGAGAGAGAGAGCUGGAGCAGCUGUCUACAGCACUCGGGAGGAGGAUGUCCGACUUCAUGGUGAAUGUGCUCAACGAGCUGCUCGUGGACGAGCACGGCCUCUACAACUUGCCCUGCGACCACUGCGACGAGGUCUUCCCCGGCAUCCUCGUGGGAGACGCGACGCGCGAGGGGACCAUGCUCUCAGUGGCGCUGUCAGGCCGCCAAGGUUCGAGUCCCAGCCACGGCAAAUACCAGCGGCGCGUGAUCUCUGAACAAGUCCUGAGUCUCGCCGGCCCCGCGCUAAGCAGUGUGGUGAAGUAUGUGAGAUCGCGAGGAGCAUCCGGAAUCUCCCACCGGCUGGGCGUGACGCACGUCCUCAAUGCAGCCCACGGCACGACGCUGAUGCACGUGGAGACGGGCCCCGCGUUCUACGAGGGGAGCGGCAUCGUCUACCACGGCAUCCCCGCCUGUGACCUCGACUCGUACGACCUGGGCAAGUUCUUCGAGGAAGCCGAGUUCAUCGAGAAGGCGCUCUCGCACCCCAAAGGGCGCGUGCUCGUUCACUGCCGCGAGGGCUACAGCCGCUCUCCCAGCCUCGUGGUCGCCUUCCUCAUGCUCCGCCGAGGCCGCGACGUGCAGUCGGCGCUGCGCCAGGUGCGCUCCUGCCGCGCCAUCGGACCCAACGACGGAUUCCUGCGCCAGCUGCUCCACCUCGAAUACAAGCUGGCCGAGCAGCGCGAAGCGUCGGCGGAGUGCUGAGAGCGGACGGGGCUCCCGUCACGGUGACUCCUUCAGCUUGUGGUUGUUGUUGUUGUUGUCGUCGUCGUCGGUCUUGAACGUUACCCUGCUGGGCAAAAAAGCCUCCCGCAUUUUUCUUCCGUCCCCUCCUUUCGCCAGUCGAUCAUGGCCAGUAGCGACCUCCGAACCCUGCGACGUCGUCGCUGACUCUCGCUCCGCUUCUCUCGGUCCUCCGCUCCGUAAUUCGUUAUUCCGUCUCCUGCCCACCUCCACUUGACCUUCCGUUUGCUCAAACAACAGCAAUGAGUGGCGACCUCUGCUAUUUUUAUUAUUUUUUCGCUUGCUUAGCCGAUUACUUCGGCUUUCCCUGAAGGCACCGAUUUCCAUCGUAAUUUGGGAGACGCAGCUUUGAUUUUUAUUUCUACUUAGCUCUUAAUUCUCGUUAAGUUAAGCUACCAAAUUUCUUGGAGGCUCAACCAAGGAAACAAUUUAAGGGAACUGUGCAGCUAGCCUCUCCUUCCAUAAGACCCGCCCACUUUCACACAACCACGCCCACUUUCACACAGGCCCCCACCCACUUUCACACAACCACGCCCACUUUCACACAGCCC